AGUUGGACGCGAAUCGGCAGAAGCGCACCCAUUCAAUUUCGAUAGAGAAAGCACACAGGGAAUUGUCUCCGGCAAACGACAGAAAUAUUUUUAUUUUGAAGUGAAGAACAGUGAGAGAGAGAAGGAAGUGAAGAGGAGGCCAAACAAGUGCCGGAACGUGCUCGAGUGUCUCCAUUUUUGCGGUUUUCUUAUGUGGACACCCGUUUCCCUCAUCAAAUUGGCAUACGCGUACCCUCCUCAGUGCUGACACGCCGCCGGUCGCCAAUUUUCGGUUUUUGUUUUCAUUUCAAUACGAGACAAACUUUUCAACUUUUCGGUUUUGUUUAAUGCAGAACAAUAUUAUUUGACUGCCGGUUAGCGUAUAACUGCAGCAAUAAACUUGAAAUUAAAUAAAUUUUCCCAAGUGCGUAAAGAGAGAAAGGGAGAACCCGGAGACUCAGUCAAUUAGCAAUGAGCGAAGUAGCGAAGUAAAUUUGCUGAACAACAACGUAGGGAGAUCAAAAUAGACGGAGACGGAAAUGGCCGCUUAAGUGGCGCACAUCCGGCGAAGCCCAUUCCCAACCGGAAGACGAGUACCCACCGAGUAGGAGAGCACAGAUAGGACAGCUCCUCUGACUCUGACCCAGCACUCAACCCAUUAGCCAGACCAAACAGAGCCCACAAGAUGGCCAUCCUGAGCUGGCUGGCCACGACCACGACCACGCAGCUGCCGCUAGCGACGACCACCAACUGGAGCCUGACCACGGCCGCGACGAGCAUCAGUCUGGCGGAUGCGGCAUCCGCAGGGGCAGCAGCAGUGGCAGCGGCAUCUGCAGCGGCAUCGGCAGCAGCAUCAGCCGCAGCAUCAGCCGCAGCAGCAGCAGCAGCAGAGGCGGCCCAAAUAGAGGUAGACAAGUCGGGAGGCGUCAUCCACAAUCAGUUCGUGCAGAUUUUCUUCUACAUGCUGUACGCCACCGUCUUUGUCCUGGGAGUGUUCGGGAAUGUCCUGGUCUGUUAUGUGGUGCUGAGGAACCGGGCGAUGCAAACUGUCACCAACAUAUUCAUUACGAACCUGGCCCUGUCCGAUAUCCUUCUGUGCGUCCUGGGCGUGCCCUUUACGCCGCUGUACACGUUCAUGGGCCGCUGGGCCUUCGGGCGAACGCUCUGUCACCUGGUGUCCUUCGCGCAGGGCUGCAGCAUCUACAUAUCCACGCUGACUCUCACUUCCAUAGCCAUAGAUCGGUACUUCGUGAUCAUCUAUCCAUUCCACCCGCGCAUGAAGCUCUCCACCUGCAUCGGGAUCAUUGUGAGCAUCUGGGUGAUUGCACUGCUGGCCACGGUGCCCUAUGGCAUGUACGUGAAGAUGACUAACGAGGUGAUUAACGGCACCCAGAUGAGCGGGAACGACACCAGUGCGGAUGCGGCCAUGAUGUUCAAUGCGAGCUACGAUGUGACAGGGUUCAUUGAGGCGCCCGACGCAACCUCCGCCGCCCAAGCCUACAUGCAGGUGAUGACCUCGGGGGUGAGCACGGACCUGUCCUACACCCGGAUGGUCUGCGAGGAGAACUGGCCGUCGGAGGAGUAUCGCAAGGUGUUCGGGGCCAUCACCACCACGCUGCAGUUCGUGCUGCCGUUCUUCAUCAUCUCCAUCUGCUACGUGUGGAUCUCGGUGAAGCUGAACCAGCGGGCCAGGGCCAAGCCGGGCUCCAAGUCCUCGAGAAGGGAGGAGGCGGAUCGGGAUCGCAAGAAGCGAACCAACCGCAUGCUUAUCGCCAUGGUGGCUGUGUUCGGUCUCAGCUGGCUGCCCAUCAAUCUGGUCAACAUAUUCGACGACUUUGACGUCAAGUCCAACGAGUGGAGGUUCUACAUACUGUUCUUUUUCGUGGCCCACUCCAUUGCCAUGAGCUCGACCUGCUACAAUCCCUUCCUCUACGCCUGGCUCAACGAGAAUUUCCGCAAGGAGUUCAAGCACGUCCUGCCGUGCUUCAAUCCCUCCAACAACAACAUCAUCAACAUCACUCGCGGCUAUAACCGCAGCGAUCGCAACACCUGCGGCCCCCGUCUCCAUCAUGGCAACGGCGAGGGCGGGAUCGGCGGCAGUCGCGAUGCGGAGGAUCAGGACGACAACGGCAUCACCCAGGAGACCUGCCUGCCCAAGGAAAAGCUCCUGAUUAUACCUCGCGAGCCCACAUAUGGCAAUGGCACUGGUGCAGUGUCGCCCAUUCUCAGUGGACGCAGCAUCAACGCCGCCCUCGUCCAUGGCGGGGAGCACCACCAGCAGCAUCUCCAGCAGCCGCAGCAGGUGGAGCUGAUGAGGCGCGUCCGCCGGCGCACCGACGAGGAUGGAGACUACAUUGACUCUGGCGACGAGCAGACGGUGGAAGUGCGCUUUAGCGAGACACCAUUCGUUAGCUCCGACAAUACCACGGGCAUCAGUAUCCUCGAGACGAGCGCGACCAGCUGCCGGGAGUCGGAUGUGAUGGUCGAGUUGGCCGAAGGAGGUGGAGGAGGAGAAAUCGGUACACGAAUUAACUGAGAUAGGAUUUUCGAAACGCAUUUCUAGGCAUUUUCACGGAUGGAUUUUCAUUGAAUUGUGCUGGCAAUUCAAGCCAAAAAUAUGCAGGGUUUUGGCGGCUGAAUGCUGGAGAGUCCUAUUGUAAGUCAAACUAACGAAAUAAGAAGAAAAAGGAAGAAAAUGUGGAAAGAAAUGCUGAUAAAUGCCAAAUCAAGUGACAACGAUGCGUAAAAAGUGGAAAGGGAGGAUUGUCUAGCAAUUGGCUGAAACAGCUACACAAGUCGUUGAUAUAAAAUAUGUAUACAUAUGUUAAUGGGAGUGUGUGUGUGGUGGGUGUGUGGUUACGGAUGCAUGGAUGUGUGGGUGUGACUGGUCCUGGAGGCAGUGCUCCUUCUUUAUUCAGCUAUUUCUGCCGUUUUAUAUUGUGUUUUUUGGCCAUUCAAGUCGCGGGAAUUGCCGCGCCAUUUCGCCUAUAUAUGUCGUAUACUAGUCCUCGUACAAUGCCUUGAAGGAAGGGUGACUCCCAUACGCAAUUCCCCCGAACGUUUGCUUUUGUCGGAUUCAAUUUGUACCUAACAAUUGUCGAACAUUUGUCGUUGUGGUCUUGGCAUUCGCCAGACGCAGGGAAUUAAAUUUCCUGUGCCGAUGUGCCAGUUUUUGGCUCAAUUGUGUGGAAAUAUGUCAACUCAAGCCCCUGCCCCUUCUUACCAGCUUUUGAUGGACCCGCAGCCCCAACAAUGGCAACUGGAAAACCAGCUACGAAAAUAAUUUGCUCGACUUUUGAAGAGCGAAACAUUUCCACGGCUGAUGGAGCACAGCAAUGGAGCCAGAAAGCGGACGAGAAUACAUACAGAGAAACAUAUGUAAGCUGACAUUGAUGAGAUUUGGUCGGGACAAAGCCAACCGAGCCAACUCGGAGAAUAUCCUCGUAUUGAAGCUGGCUGACAGCUGGUUGCGGAUUCGCCUUCAGGCAUUGAAUCGAAAUUUAAUCUAAAAUUGUUUCCGACCAUGAAAUGGAGUUUAUUAAUGCCACAUCCGGCCUUGGACUGAAGCCUUUUAUAACUAUAACCUAUAAUUCUCUAUGCAGUAUUUUGUGCAUCAUAUAUUAUCGAUGCCUGUUUUUGUUCUCCAAGUUUCCCAUUCAAGUUUCCCCUGGCUGCUUGUGUUUCUUUCUGGGCCUGUCAUUUAUAGCCAAUAGUUGGGUGUGUGGUGUGUGUCUUUAUUUAAAUAAUUAACUCGGACUGCAGGCAGUCUUGCGCAUAAAAGUUAAACUAUUAUAUGAUCAAAUAUUUCAUUGUUAAUAAAAUGUUUAGGUCUAAGGCAAUUGCAGCUCGAAGCGCUUGUAAAGUGUUUCCGAGCAUAGUAUAAGCAUAAAAUAAACUGUACGAGUAUAUCCAAAGUCAUAAUAUAUGUAUAUGUUAUAUAUGUACGAGUAAGGGGAGAUCUAUAGCUAUACGAGUGUCAGCUUAGGGCAUCAAAUGCUAAAUAUAAACAAGAAAUGGGGUAGCGAGGGGCAAACACAUAAAUGAACCAAAACCAUAAAGAAAAACCAAAAGUACGCAAAAUUGUGCUGACCACGAGCCCCGCUUUUGGAAGUUUAUGUCUGGCGAUGUCGGGCAUCAUAACCACUAUACUCACCCUCCCCGUUCCCGUUCCCGUUCCCGUUCCCGUCCCCCUUCCCUGUUCCCUGUUCCCGUCUGCAUCGUAAAACAAGCUUUCAAAAUAUGUGUCACCGGCUUUGCUGUACUUUUGGUUUUUUUAUCGCAGUUUUGUGGCAUGUUUCCAUUGCGUAUACGUAAUAUAAGCUAGUUUAAUUAUAGCCAAGUCGAUAGAAAUUAUUUGGCUAAGGAAAAUAAUUAGAAUACUCAUCGAACUGUAAAUUUAAUCGGAAAUUGCACUUAAGUGUGAGAAAGUCUCAUUUAAUGUAAGAGGCAAGUGUGAAACAUAAAUAUUAUUAAAAUAAAGAAAAAUGUGUGUAAGUUUAGCCAAGAUUAAUAGUAUGUUGUUUUACUCGUAACACCCUAUUAAGUGCGGUCAGAGAUAGUGAUUGAAUGAACAAACGAAUGGCAAAGAAUUUCGACAUAUGGAGGGAGAAUUAUUAGAAAAUAAUAUUAAGUAAGCACAUACUAUACAUACCAAAAAUUUAAAGCAUAGAACUAAUUCUAUAACUAAGACAAAAUUUAUGUAAAAUAAGAAAUACAGAUAUAGAUCUAAGCAUUGAUAAGAGUUACGUACGAACAAAUUUGUCGACAUGUUGUGUGUUUCUGUAUUUGAGAGUAUUUAACCACUAGUUAAGGGUUUUUAGAAACAAAACCAAAACCCCAAGACAGGUCAAAUAUUAUUCAAAGAAAAUACAUGCAUACAUACAUACAUACAUACAUACAUACAUACAAACAUACAUACAAACAUACAUGUUUAAAGUUAAUGAAAUUACGUGUAUCCCAAAGUUGAAAAGAAACCAAAGAAAAAAUGUGUGUGCUUAAAUAUGAAUAGAAAACAGGGAGUACGAUUAAUAUCGCGAACGGAUGACAGAUGCCAUCGCAGCUGAGUAUUAAAAUGAAUAUCAAAAAACCAUACUUAUGUAGUGAAAAAGGUGUUUUAAAAUGACAAUUUAUGAGAAACUAAAUAAAUAAUGGAUGU